AUGAUACAUAUGCUAAAUGCAGCCUCUGAUCGAGUGAAAUGGACCAGAUCCGGUGCUGCUAAGAGGGCUGCCUGUCUGGUGGCUGCGGCAUAUGCCCUGAAAACCCUCUAUCCCAUCCUUGGCAAGCGCUUGAAGCAAUCUGGGCAAGGAAAGAAAAAAGAAGCUUGCCGGGCUGCAGAGAACAGAGGAAUACUGCAUUGCACCGAGACCGUUUGUAAAAAACCUUCUCCUGGAGUGAAUGCAGAUUUUUUCAAACAGCUGCUAGAACUUCGGAAAAUUCUCUUUCCAAAACUUGUGACCACUGAAACAGGGUGGCUGUGCCUCCACUCGGUGGCUCUAAUCUCAAGGACCUUUCUGUCUAUCUACGUGGCAGGUCUGGAUGGGAAAAUUGUGAAAAGCAUUGUGGAAAAGAGGCCUCGGACGUUCAUCUUCAAAAUAGUAAAGUGGCUUAUGAUUGCUAUUCCUGCUACCUUUGUCAACAGUGCAAUAAGGUACCUGGAGUGCAAGUUGGCUUUGGCCUUCAGAACUCGCCUCGUAGACUACGCUUAUGAAACCUAUUUCACAAAUCAGACUUAUUAUAAGGUGAUCAACAUGGAUGGGAGGCUGGCAAACCCUGACCAGUCACUUACUGAGGACAUUAUGAUGUUCUCCCAGUCUGUGGCUCAUUUAUAUUCCAAUCUGACCAAACCUAUUUUAGAUGUAAUUCUGACCUCCUAUACACUCAUCCAGACUGCUACAUCCAGAGGUGCAAGCCCAGCUGGGCCUACCCUGUUAGCAGGGCUUGUGAUAUAUGCUACUGCUAAAGUGUUGAAAGCCUGCUCUCCCAAAUUUGGUAAAUUGGUGGCGGAAGAAGCUCAUAGAAAAGGCUAUUUGCGAUACAUACACUCCAGAAUUAUAGCCAAUGUGGAAGAAAUUGCCUUUUACAGAGGACAGAAGAUAGAAAUGAAGCAACUCCAGAAAAGUUACAAAGCUUUAGCGGAUCAGAUGAACCUUAUUUUAUCCAAACGCUUGUGGUACAUCAUGAUAGAACAGUUCUUGAUGAAGUAUGUUUGGAGCGGCUGUGGAUUAAUUAUGGUGGCUAUACCUAUUAUCACUGCAACUGGCUUUGCAGAUGGUGAUCUAGAGGAUGGCCAGAAACAAGCUAUGGUUAGUGAACGGACAGAAGCCUUUACCACUGCUCGAAAUUUAUUGGCCUCUGGAGCGGAUGCUAUUGAAAGGAUCAUGUCUUCAUACAAAGAGAUCACUGAAUUAGCAGGCUAUACUGCUCGAGUGUAUAACAUGUUUUGGGUCUUUGAUGAAGUAAAAAGAGGCAUUUAUAAGAGAACAGCUGCCAUUGAAGAGCCUGAAAACCAUAGCAAGAUUGGGGCUAACAUAGAAUUACCUCUCGGUGACACAUUGGCAAUCAAAGGAAAAGUUAUUGAUGUGGAUCAUGGAAUUAUUUGUGAAAAUGUUCCCAUAAUUACACCAGCAGGAGAAGUGGUGGCUUCCAGGCUAAACUUCAAAGUACAAGAAGGAAUGCAUCUUUUGAUAACUGGUCCCAAUGGUUGCGGAAAAAGCUCUCUCUUCAGAAUUUUAAGUGGACUGUGGCCUGUGUAUGAAGGAGUCCUUUAUAAACCACCUCCACAGCAUAUGUUCUAUAUUCCACAAAGGCCAUAUAUGUCUCUUGGCAGUCUUCGGGAUCAGGUCAUUUAUCCUGACUCAGUGGAUGAUAUGCAUGAUAAAGGUUACUCAGACCAGGAUUUGGAAUGUAUUCUACACAGUGUCCACCUGUAUCACAUAGUGCAAAGAGAAGGAGGAUGGGAUGCUAUUAUGGACUGGAAAGAUGUUCUGUCAGGAGGCGAAAAGCAAAGAAUGGGCAUGGCUCGUAUGUUUUAUCAUAAACCAAAGUAUGCAUUGUUAGAUGAAUGCACCAGUGCCGUCAGCAUUGAUGUUGAAGGGAAGAUAUUUCAGGCUGCGAAAGGGGCUGGGAUGUCUUUACUGUCCAUAACACACAGGCCUUCUCUUUGGAAGUACCACACUCAUUUAUUACAAUUUGAUGGUGAAGGAGGUUGGCGGUUUGAACAAUUGGAUACUGCUAUUCGUUUAACAUUGAGUGAAGAAAAACAAAAGCUAGAAUCUCAACUAGCUGGAAUUCCCAAAAUGCAGCAGAGACUCAAUGAACUAUGUAAAAUUUUGGGAGAAGAUUCAGUGCUGAAAACAAUCAGAAGUGAAGAUGAGACAUCCUAAUUUGUUUUGACAUGUCUUAAAAGUUAAUUUUUAGAUAAAGACUCACAGAUAGCCUGUUACAGUGCAUGCAAUGUGUUAAGCUAAGCACAGACAACAAAGCCAGCAAGAAAUAUUUUAUAUGACUUUAGAAUCAAAGAAGCAGAUGGUCUAACUUUUAAGAAGAAAAUUAAAAAAAUGCAUGAUGUGAGAUUAGUCAUGAUGGCUUACACCAAUUCUUAGUGAAAGCCUAAUUUACCUGUAAAACAGGAUUUUCUAGGUGAACUCGUGGUGAACACCAAAUUACUAUGUAUAUGAGAUGUGUCUGACAUUUUUAACUGGAGAUAUCUCUUGGAAAUGCAAACUUAAGGCAGCAAUUGGGCUGAUAUCAAGUGCAUAAACAUUAGAACUCUGAGUACCAUUUAAGUCUUUUCAUGACUGAUGUUAGUUUUAAUAACUAUAAUAUAUGUUCAUCAUUGCUAGUGGCCAACUAAACCUUAUAGAAGCUACCUGAAAGUUUAGGAAAUAACUUCAAUAUAAAAAAUAUUUUAAUGGCAGUGGUUGAGAGGAAAAAAAGCAUGGCUAAAUAAGCAUAAAAUGCCAUUUUUAAAAAUUUUAAACUUUGAGUAUCUUAAUACAGGGACAUAAAAAUUAAUUUUAAUGAGAAUCUUCCAUAUUUCUUAAUAAACCUUUUCAUUUUUAAAAGAGAAUUGCCAACAUAGAAAUGGUGUAUCCAAACAAUGUUUGUCCCAGGCUGGUAUUUUGCUUGGCAACAUUAUCUAUUACAAUUCUUUCUAGAAAUAUUGCUUUAUUGUGUGUGUAUGCCCAAAAGAGGAGUCCAUACUUUAAAAAAUGUAAAGCUACAAUAAAAUUUUUUUUAAAUUACAAUAAUAUUAGCAUAUAUUUGGAAUAGCACUUUAUAAUUUAUAAUCUCCAUUUACAUCAUUUUAUUUUAAUGUUUGUGGCAAUCUUUUGAGACAGAUAUUAUUUUUCUAUUUUGAUAUUGAGAAAAAUUGGCACUCAGAUUUACUCUAAUUAUGUGAUGUAUCUAGGGACAGAUCUGGGGAUCAAAUGAAAUUCUCCUAACUCUGAUUCAGUGCUGCUCCCACCAUUGAACUUUAUUUAACUGGGUUAUAAUGGUAAACUUAGGUGGGCUGGUAGAUGGCAGGAAGUGAGGCUUUAGGCAAGGGAGAAAGAUGAGGCAAAAGAGCAUACAGGUAGACAUGUAAAAUAUUUCCAUUGAAAACAAAUCCCUCUUUCACUAUAGGUGGAUUUCCUGAUUAUCGAGCACAUAGGACCUUACAGUUUUUAUUGUGGCGUUUUCAUAGCCAGUUUUCCACUUACCAGCUGGAGUGUAUUAAUAAAACUGAGAAAAGUGACUUUAGUGGUUAAAAUCAUUACAUGUCUAAACAAGAAUGUGGCUGUAUAUAAAUACAUUAUAAUACCAUCUCUAAUUCAAUGUGUAGUUAUCAGAGCUGAACAUUCCUUAUGAAUUCCUUAAUCACCAUGAAAAAGCCUUGAUUAAUCAAAGAAAUUACAAACCACUCCAGUGAUAGAAAAUGCCCCAUACUUUACAUGGCUAUGUUGGGUUUGUGUGCACACAUACCUCCAUUACAAAUUGUGGGGUGCAAAAUCUUGUGAAGUGUUGUGUACAACAGUCAUAAAAUUGUUUAAAUGUUAAUUUCCUUUAUUAACUCAGAACCUUUAUUAAGUUCUAACUUAUGCCAGGCACUGUGCUAAAUCCUAGGAAUAAGUGAAAUAUGGUCCCUAUCGCAAGCUUACAGUCCAGUGAAAGUCAGGAAAAUGAAUAUAUUCGAUCAUAAACUUAAUAGUUAUAUUUAUUAUUUAUCCAGUGGGCAUAAAACAUUGCAUAUACAUUGAUUCAUUAAACUAAUUCACUGAACUAAUUCAACAAAAGAGGAAAGUGAAGACAUAGGGUUAGGUAAUUUAUCCAGCCUCAUACAGUACCCGGGCACUGGACUGAAAUUUAAACCAGCAAUGUUUGAUUAGAAAGCCUGUGGAACUCCAUAUCAUCUUCCUUUUAAUCAUUAGACCAUUCAUUAUUAACUUUUUGUGGUACUGAGGAUUGGAUCCAGGGCCUUCACACUGAGCUACAUCUGUACCCCUAUUAAAUUUGGUUUAUCUAUUUUUUGAGAUAGGAUUUCACUAAAUUUCCUAGACUGCACUCGAAUUUGUGAUCCUCGUGCAUCAGACUUCCAAAGUGCUGGGAUUACACAUGUGUAACACCAUGAUUAGCUAUUAUUGCUGUUUUAAACUGAAGUUUCAGUGUGUGUAGUUAACCAAGCCAAUAUAUUUUUCUGUGUUGAAAGGGAAUUCAUGUAACAUAAAUUGCAAUUUUCAAAUAAAUUAUGGAUGUUUCAUUAUAAAUUAUGGGAUGAGGAAAACAUAAGGCAACUUUUCAGAUGUUUUGAGGAAGAAAUGUUCAAACUGAUUCUAAUUCACUCAUUCAAUAAAAACGGACACAUUCAAGGCACCAGCUACUGUGCUAGGGAUUGAGACGAGAGAAACAGACUGGGUCUUGGCACUUGCACAAGUCUCAGUGGAUCAAUGCUGAGCCUGUUGGAUCCUGCAGUUCCAUGUGAUUGUUUUCUGGUACCUUCUUAGUCCUUGCAUGUGUUACCUAAGACCAUUCUGGUGUAAUCUUUAAGCAAUAAACAUAUUUUGGCAGCAGGAUUCCCUGGAUAUCUGGGCAUGAUAAUCCUCAUGCUCCAUUUUAGUGUACAUUAUAAGGCACAGUAAAACCAAUCCUGGGACUUGGCUGUUAGGUGCUCCCAUGUAGUUAGUAUGUGGUCUUGAAACUAGGGAAAUAUCAUCCCUGAUACAGAGCAUGGAAAACAAGUCAGAUUUGUACACUCAAAAGCAUAUUUCUUAUGGUAACACAAAAUUUAGAUAAUUAUAGCAAGAAAGAUAGAAAAAGGAAAAGCAAUCAUUAUAAAAGCUAAUAAACAAGAGUUCCAAGUUAGACGCAUGACUGGAUGUAGCCCAGUGUGAAGGACUUGGGUUCGAGCCCCAAUAUCACACACAACAAAAUGUUCUGUCUUGGUUUCUGUGACCCAAUAUAAAUGGUAAGGUGAUUAAGUACUCAUCUCAUGUGUUUUUAUGUGAUUUAAUACCUAAAAGACAGAUUCUGGGGCCAGGGAUUUAGCUCAGUGUUUCUGCCGCCUGCCUUGCAAGCACAAGGAUUGGAGUUCGAUCCCUGCUAAGUUUCCAUGUUCCUUAUAGACAGGAUCUACAUGAAUGAGGUUAAUGUAGACCCAAACAGAUACAUGUUUUUUCUGCAACCUACAUACAUAUGCGUGUAUCCACACACACACACACA